CAAUCUCCCACUCAGCGCUCACGCCUCGCACUAUGUCCUACGCUCCUGGCUAUCCUCAGGCCCCUAUGCACCACUCUAACAACUCCGGCUCCUUUCAGCCCCCGCCGCCGCAGGCAGGUCCGAGCACUGGCAGUCCAAAGAUCACUGGUGCAUUCGAGGGGGUGCAGUACAAAAUCGACCAUCGUGAUGGGAACACCAUGCUCUACAUGAUGCUACAACCUGGCUAUGAGGUGCUUGGCAAGCCCGGCACUAUGGUGUCUAUGGACGCUACAGUGCAGAUCAAGGGAAAGAUGAACUUCAGUUGGAAGAAGCUGCUGACUGGAGGAGAGCUGUCAUUCGCCCACUUCUUUGGCCCAGGAGAGGUCGUGAUGGCGCCAGAAACAUGGGGCGAUGUCGCAGAGAUUCAAUUGGACGGCAGCACACCAUGGUUCUUCGGGAAGCACGCUUUCCUUGCGGCGACGACAGGCGUGCAAAUGACCACGAAAGCACAGAGUUUCGGAAAGAUGCUAUUCUCAGGACACGGCCUCUUCACCGGUCAGGCUACCGGUGUAGGUAUGCUGUUCGUGCACGGGAUGGGCGCGAUCAUUACCCGUCGGCUGCAACCCGGCGAGCAAUGGGUCGUCAACAAUGACCAUCUCGUGGCGUGGAACUGCCAAUACAACAUUGAAAAAAUCCAAGCGGGAGGAAUCAUCUCUACAAUACAGACUGACGAUGCCGCUGUCUGCAGGUUCACGGGGCCGGGGGUCGUCUACAUUCAGUCGAGGAGCCCGGAGAACUUGAUCCGUUGGAUUUCAGAGAGAUUGCCGAGCAGCAAUUAAACAUCCGAACCCGCAG